GACUCUCUCCAUCUCGGCUCAGCAGCAGCAGCCUGGUUGUUUAGCUAGUUAGCUUUAGAGGAGGAAUACUAUCUGUCAUCACCGCCUCAAUCUCUGCGAGGUGAUCUCAUCCAACCAUGGGGAACAGAGACGACGAGUACGACUUCUUGUUCAAAGUCGUACUAAUCGGAGACUCUGGCGUGGGGAAGAGUAACCUGCUCUCCCGUUUCACAAGAAAUGAGUUCAACCUGGAGAGCAAGAGCACCAUUGGGGUGGAGUUCGCCACCCGCAGCAUCCAGGUGGACGGCAAGACGAUAAAGGCUCAAAUUUGGGAUACAGCAGGACAGGAACGCUACAGAGCAAUCACCUCAGCGUAUUACCGGGGUGCAGUUGGAGCUCUCCUGGUUUACGACAUCGCCAAGCACCUGACAUACGAGAACAUUGAACGCUGGCUGAAGGAGCUGAGGGACCACGCUGACAACAACAUCGUCAUCAUGCAGGUUGGAAACAAGAGCGACCUCCGCCACCUCAGGGCGGUGCCCACUGAUGAGGCUCGAGCCUUCGCAGAAAAGAACACUCUCUCAUUUAUUGAGACAUCAGCAUUGGACUCCACAAAUGUAGAAGAAGCAUUCAAGAACAUUUUAACAGAAAUCUACCGCAUCGUGUCACAGAAGCAGAUAGCGGACAGAUCUGCACAUGAUGAGUCUCCGGGCAACAAUGUAGUGGACAUAAGUGUCCCCCCAACCACUGACGGGCAGAAGGGCAACAAACUCCAGUGCUGCCAGAGCCUGUGACACUAAACCCCAUAACACUCCGCCUCCACCUCUCCACAUCCACCUCGACAUCACAUCGCCUGUGCACUUUUUGUUCCCGUUGCUCUGCUCACGGCCAACUCCCUCGUCACUCUAUCCUUUUUAUCUUUCUUUCUACCUAUCAUUCUGUUUUUAUAUAGGACUUUUGAAUUCACUAGUGCUCUUCUCUUCUGCCAUGAAAGAAAUCUUCAAGAAGCCUUUAUGUCACUUGGUCAGUCGAGUUGUUCAUGGAGCCAAUGUGAAGGUUCCUGCAAUGCAGGAACAGGGCAGUCGUUGCUGUCUUAAUGAACCCUGUGAAUUUGUUAAGUUGUUUGAACUGAAACUGUCGUGUACAGGUAGGAUGUGAAAUACAUUUCAAUGGUUACCACUAGAUGGUGCUGUGUAAAUAAACUACAGGCAGUUACUCCAACCUGGUGAAGCAGUAUUAUGCGUUUGACAGCGUGGUUCCUCUAACUUCUUACAUCAGAUAAGUUAUCAUGCCAAAAUCCUCAUUAUGUAUUUAUCGAAGAACAUUUGGCUUCAGUUGUCAUUGUUUUACUUUAAAUUUAAAAAACUGUAUGAAUUUAGAAUAAAAUUCUUGACAAAAGGAAA